AUGCUGAUGAAAGGGACUAAGAGACCUGCAGAUGAGGCUUUCCCGCCGAAGUCUGCAUCUGUGGGAGACAAGUUGCAAAGUCAUCGAUCCACUGCCGCGCUGAAUGGUGCAACAGGUAGAAUCGUCAAUUUCGAGGACCGUGCAGCGAAGCAUGACAGUCGCAAGAGCGGCAGUAAACCCCCGAGUUUGAAGGAACGGGCGCGUCUUUUGCUACCCGCCAGAAGAAAAUUACCCAUUUAUGGCAACGCCAACGAGAUACGACAGAAAAUCAGAGAUCACGAUGUUCUGCUACUGGUCGGAGAAACAGGAUCGGGGAAGUCGACGCAGAUUCCGCAGUUCCUGGUGAAUGAACCCUGGUGCAAGAAGAAGCCCCGUGGAGGCGUCAAUGUUGGAGGAUGCAUUGCUAUCACGCAACCCCGAAGAGUUGCUGCGAUUUCCCUCGCCCGUCGCGUGGCGGAGGAGAUGGGCACGCCGCUCGGGAACUCCAGCCCUGCGUCUGAGGUCGGGUACUCUGUGCGGUUUGAGAACAGCACGAGUCCCUCGACGAGGAUCAAGUUUUUGACAGAGGGUAUGCUCCUCCAAGAAAUGCUGCGGGACCCUUGGUUGAAAGAGUACUCUGCCGUCGUGGUGGAUGAGGUCCACGAGCGAGGCGUCAAUGUGGAUUUGGUGUUGGGGUUUCUCAGGCGGAUGCAGGAUCUCAGGCAUAAGAAGGAUGGGAGGGGCGGUAUUGCACUCAAGGUCGUGGUCAUGAGUGCGACGGCAGACAUGGAGAAGAUUCUGCAUUUCUUUGACAUUAGCCACGGGACUCAUGAAAACCGCUCGAAUAUCAAUGGAGAGUCUCCUGAAGGAACAGAAGAUUCGCCCGGCUUCUCUAACGAUGAAAAUAGCCCUGAUGGAGAAAAUGGGAGCACUCAGACCGACUGCAAUGGUGUUGCCUCUUCAAAAGCAACAUCACUUUGCAUCAAAGGCCGUCAAUAUCCCGUGGCCGUCAACUAUACGUCAACCUCAGUUCCGGACGUUAUCGAUGCUGCAUAUCAGCGAAUACUGCAAAUCCACACGCAUACCCCUCUACCAGGCGACAUACUCGUGUUUCUCACUGGUCAAGAGACCGUGGAAUCUCUCCUCAGCCUUGUGAGUUCUUGGUCACAGUCGAUCCAAAAGGACCCCAAGCAGUCUGCGACGCUUCCCAGACUUCUCAUCCUUCCUCUCUACGCUGCUCUACCUUCGAAUAUGCAACAACGCGUCUUCCAGCCAACUCCCAGAUUCACACGCAAGAUCAUCUUAGCCACAAAUAUCGCCGAGACCAGUAUCACGGUUCCUGGGAUACGAUAUGUAAUCGACACAGGGAAAGCGAAACAGCGACUAUUUCGCCCUUCUCUAAAUCUAGAUACUCUUCUCACUGUGCCCAUCUCUCGUAGUUCCGCGAACCAGCGUUCUGGGCGAGCCGGGCGAGAUGCACCAGGAACAGCGUACCGAUUGUACACUGAGGCGGAUUUCUACCAGUUGACCCAGGACACUGAGCCAGAAAUCCUCCGCUGCGACCUCAGUCAGCUCGCUCUUACACUCAAAGCGCAUUCGAUCGACAAUUUGAGCGAAUUUCCAUUUCUAACCACACCGCCACGCAGGGCCCUGGAGAGGGCCAUGGUCCAUCUCCUUCAGCUCUCGGCAUUGGAUAAUUCGAGCGGGCAAAUCACAAGUCUCGGCCUCGAGAUGAGCAGGUUGCCUCUGCCUGCGAGCUUGGCAAGGGUGCUGCUUGCCAGCGCUGAGCCAGCGUACGACUGCGUCGAGCAGGUCGUUGACAUUGUUUCGGCGUUGAGUGUUGAGAACAUAUUCCUGAACAUCCACAACCGCCCAUCAUCUGCUUCGGCAUCUGGCGACUUGUUGGAGGCUACCUCGAAGCCAUCACCUAACCACAGUAACUCCGAUCUUGAAGAAGACUCCUCCGAGGCUCGUGCACAGCAAGCACGACGCGAACUCUUUCGACGUGAAGGUGACCACCUCACCCUCUUAGCCACUAUCCAGGCAUAUGUAGCAGAAAACACCGAUCGCCGGCGAUGGUGUGAAGAGCGGUACAUCUCGCACCGGGCAAUGAGCGGCGCGAUGGAUGUGAGGAAACAACUUACCGCGCUGAUGGAUCGAUACCGACGCAAGAGCGAGAGCGAGAGCGAGACACGGAAAGUUGAUCCGAUGCGGGAUCAUGACAAAACCACUCUAGCCACUCGCAUCCUCAAGUGCAUUCUGACAGGCUUCCACCCCAACGUUGCGCGGCUUUGCCCCGACGGGAGCUAUCGUACAGUACUCACGAACCAGCCUGUUUCAAUUCACCCAAGUAGCGUGUUGUUUUCUGUCCCUUCAUACAGCUCUGCAGAUCAAGGCGGUAGUGGCAGGGCCCAGCAGAGGAAGUAUGAAGGCAUCAUGUACAACGAAUUUGUGUACACGGGCACAAAGGCCUAUGCCCGUGGCGUGAGUGCGGUGGAGAUGGGAUGGAUGCGAGAAGUUCUGACCCCGCCAAUGUGA